AUGCCUGAUCUACGCUUUAACACUAGCAACGGUCCCGACGAUGAACCGACCAAGCUUUUGCUAUACGUCGAGUUCCCGGUUAUGCCCCCGAUGCUGAAUCCGGUCGGCCUUGCAGUCUGGCUAGUCCAUCGCGGCGACAGGAUGCUGGCCGUGAUCGAGGCCAAGCCAUGCGGCAUUAGGAGGGUUCCGCUACUCGCGAUGAUGGAAGCACUAUUGGAAUCUCAUUAUUCCGUAGUACAAGAUGCAGGCCAUUUGCACCGACUUCCAGAACUGGUUGUUUGUGGAGCUAUCUUGCAGAAGAAAUGUAAAGAUACGGCACCGUCCGCGGAGAGGUUUGAGGAUACCCUACUUGAAAUCUAG